AAACCAAAAACCUUGCGACUCAGAGAGCGCAGUCCCCACAAGACAAGUAACGAACAACGACCCUUUGCUUCCUCCGUCCUCGUCUUUUGCUUUCUCUCUAAUUUAUCCUUUCCAUUUCCAAUCUCCUUUUUUUCUUCGUUUUCAUUUCAUGCAUGUAACUCUCAACUAAAUGACCUCUCUCAACUCUCUCUCUUUCUUCUACUUCUCCCCCCUCAAAUCUCUCCCUAAAUUCAUCUCCCCCCGCCUCUCCUUCCCCACACGACGGCUUUCUCGCCGCCCCAAACGAACCCUCUUCAACCCCCUCUCCAACAACGACAAAAACACCAAACCUUUUAUUAAGCCCUCUGCAGACUUCGAAAAUAUCAAUUUAGUCCUCGACUUUCACCAGAUUUCAGUCCUGUCCUCCUCUUCCAAAUCCCGCCUUCAACACAUCCUCUCCUCCGCGGAAGAGGCGUACCACGACCUCAGAACUAUAAUUACCCUCGACGACAAUGGCAGGCUCUUCGUCUCCUGCCGCAAGUCCUCCCUUCAGCUUUUGGGUGGGCUCUUGCUCUCUGGGUUUGUCUUGGUGUUCUUUUUUCGGUUUUUGGUUAGAUUAGGGUUAGGGGUUAGGGAUAGGUUUGGGGUUAGUAAGCCACGUGUUGUGGUUAGAAGAGAUAGGAGUCUUGGAGGGAAAGAGGUGGUGGUUGGGACUGAAGAAGAUGUCAGAAGAGGUUUCAAUAAGCCUUUGAAGAACCCAUUGGCUCCGGGUCGGGUGGAUGAUUAUGGAGUUUCGGGUCGGGUAAGGAAGGGUUUCCAGGUCAGGAAGGAGGAGAAGUUGCCCCAGUGGUGGCCGGCAAUUGUGGCGGCAGAACAGACCUUGGUGGUGGACAAGGAGGAGUAUCAGAGAGAGGCCAACAGAUUGAUUCGAGCUAUCAUCGACCAUAGAACGAGUGGACAGGACAUUAUGGAGGAUGAAAUAAUUCAAUUACGUCGACUAUGCAGGACAUCUGGAGUACGGGUCUCCAUUGACACAAUAAAUACAAGAGAUUCCUUAUAUCGCACAUCUGUUGAUUUCGUUCUAAAUGUUUGUAGCCGGGAGCUUGGUGAACCUACCUCUGUUUAUAUUUAUGGUGAAGAUGCCCGACAAUUCAUCGCUGGUCUUGCCGAUAACAUUGGGCUUGAAAACACUCGAGCGGCAAGGAUGGUGUCUGCAGCUGUUGCUGCACGGACACGUUCAUGUUUUCUGCAGGCAUGGGCUUUGGAAAUGCAGGGUAACCAUUUUGAAGCUGUGUCGGAGUUGUCAAAGAUAUGUCGUGUUCUUUGUAUUUUUCCUCCUAAAGAGUCCUCUCCUGAGAUGGAGAUGGUGGCACGAGGCCUGGAAAAACUCUUGAAAGUGGAGCAGAGGGAAUAUUUAAUGAAUAUGCUUGUUGGGGUUUGCAGUGAAGAGAGUCAGAGAACCGCAGCUGAAGCUCUGGGUUUGGUACUCUCUCCUGAAGGGUAUGGGGAGCAGCAUGAAAAUUAAAUUCUUAAGAAUACAGUUUAUUUUUGUAUAUUGCUUCUUUUUCUUUGCAAUAUCAAAGUUAAUUUUGUACCUUGGACAGUUUAAUAAUCUCAUUAAUUGUUCCAAAUACCAAAUGUAAUAGUAAAAUCUUAUUUCAGUUA